CCGACCACAUUCUUUCUUCAACGUCGUUACCGAGCGGAAUUCGCUCCACGUCGUACAAAAUAUCGAAAGGCUCAUAAAGGAAGAGUACCAGUACGGAUAGGUGGUUCAACAAAAGGAAAUACGAUAGCGUUCGGUUCCUUUGGCUUGAGAGUAAAAGAUGGUGUAAGAUUAUCUUCAGCUCAAUUAACAGCUGCUCAUACUGUUAUUAAAAGAAAAAUUAAAGUUAUUAAAGGUAGUCAGGUUUGGAUGCGUGUUUUUCCUGAUAUACCCGUUACUUCUAAAGGUAAUGAAACUAGAAUGGGUAAAGGAAAGGGUUCUUUUGAAUAUUAUGCUUGUAGAGUUCCAAUGAAUAAAAUUUUAUUUGAAAUUGGUGGUGGAAAUAUUAGAAAAGAAGUUGCUAAAGAAGCUUUAAGAUUAGCUUCUGAUAGAUUACCUGUUAAAACUGAAUUCGUGGAUAAG